AUUUAAAGCAAGUCUGGUUUCAAGACAACUUCAUCAAUACAAACUUAGUAGUGUAUUCUUUAUACGUAUAAUAACAUCCCUUGUGAUCAAACAAGUAAACCAUUCAAAAGAUGAAAGGAAGAAUUUUGAUUUUGAGUUUGCUCAUAAUGAGUCUGGUCAUGGCACAAGUUCAAGUAGAAGCAAAGAUCUGCUGCCCUUCCAACCAAGCUAGAAAUGGCUAUAGUGUAUGCCGUAUAAGGUUUUCCAAGGGAAGGUGUAUGCAAGUGAGUGGAUGCCAAAACUCUGAUACAUGCCCUCGAGGUUGGGUAAACGCCAUUCUCGAAAACUCAGCUGAUGCUACCAAUGAGCACUGCAAGUUAGGGUGUGAAACUUCUGUGUGUGGUGCCAUGAACACUCUCCAGAACUCUGAUGCAAGUGAAAUUGUGAAUGGAGCGUCGGAACAAUGUGCCAAGGGAUGUUCUAUUUUCUGUACCAAGAGCUAUGUAGUCCCACCUGGGCCGCCUAAACUGUUGUAAUGGUCGUAUAUGUGAAAAAACAAAUGCUAGACUCUUGCUAUUCUGGUUUGUGUGUGUGUGUGUGCAUGUGUCGUAGAAGGUUUGUUCGAUCACUAGAUUGUACAUGCCCUCUACUUCCUAUAACCUAAAUAAAGAGUUAAACGUACGUGUCUUUUAUUGACCUUCCUCUUCUCUCGACCAUUUUCAUUUGCUUUGAACGGAAUGGUCUUUUAUAAGCAGCUCAUAUCGUGACACAGAUGCGACUUAGCAACAGUGUUAAGACUGACGAUAUGUAACGAACUUAAGGAUCCAGAAACUCGGACUUAAAAUGCUACAAAGAAGAGAGUAUGAGAGAGAUCUUACACGACAAAGAUUAUGACUUUUGCUGAUAGAUUUUUCAUGUAAUAAACAUAAUUUUCAAUAGAGAAAAUAACGACAAACAUUCAAAAGCCAAAACCAUCUAUACAA